AUGAGGUCGAUGCACGAAUCUGCAAUGGCCCAGGUCACGUUUGCUAAUUUGAGACACCUGGGCAACCGGGAAGUAUCAUUUUUCCGCGCAUUUCGGUGUCCACCGAUGCUACGCUGGGUGGGUCAUGUGCUCCGCAUGUCAGAAGAUUGUCCGCCUCGCAAAGAUCUUUUUGCCAAGCCCUGGACUGAGUGGAAGCGACCGAGAGGCGAACAAUUAACCAGGAAACUAGGUCGGGUGGUCAACCGCCGCCUCCCUGGAUGGGGACUCCCGGGACUCAAAUCACCAGCGGUUAACGACAUUGGCGGCAGUGGCCCUAUCGCACAGCCAGUGGCGCUCGUGCAUCAAAGCUAUCGCCUUCAAUGCGUAGCCAUCCAAUUUCUGAACAAACUGAGCAUGCCUUCGCCUCCAAGGCUUGGUUUUGUAUUCCACUUCCGGACUAUGGAAGGCCAAAAUAAUGAGUUUGGUCAUGAGUCGCCUGCCUGUGUGAUAGACGAGCAAGAUCUGAGUUGUUCCCAUUUCAUCCAGUCGGUGGCAAAUCUGGAAUUAGACCAGUGUUCACCACCACCUGUUUCUGACCCUGUGCGAAAUGGAGUUAAGACACGCGAUGAGGUUCCUGAAAAGCCGAAAAUCUACAGUGUCCGAGUAACAGAUCCAGUGAAAGUUGGUGAUGGGAUGGGUGCAUACAUUGUCUACCAUGUUAUAUUCAACGGUUAUGACCACCCUUUCAAAGGUACUUCUUUUCACGUGACACGGCGCUUUUCGGAUUUCCUCGGACUUUAUGUGAAAAUCUACAAUCGUCACCACAGCACGGGAAUUAUCAUCCCACCUGCACCGGAUAAAAAUGUUCUCGGUUCAACCAAGAUAAAAAUGUCCAAAGACAUUUCACAAGAGAAUGAAUUUGUUGAACGUAGACGGGUGGCUCUGGAGCGGUUCCUUCAUCGUUUGCUGAACCAUCCUGUAUUACGUGAGGACCCAGAUCUUCGGGAAUUUUUGGAGUUCACGGGAGACUUACCCCGAUCGGUCAACACACAACUUCUUUCAGGCGCAUCUGCCAAGAAGAUAUUCAAGAACGUUGGUGAUGCGAUCGGAAAGAUUGCCUACAAAAUGGAAGACCCUGACGAUUACUUUGAUUUAAAAUUCGAAGAACUGGAAAGUUGGGAGCGACAACUGAAGCGACUCCACAGCGCCUUGUCCCUACUUGUCUCAUCCAAUCAAGAUCUGGCCUCUUCGAAGUUCACUGUGUCGCGUACCAUUUCUCAGCUGGCUAAUGUGGAAGAACACACAGGUCUAGCCCAAGCUUUGGGACGUCUGGCGGACACGGAGGAGGAGGUCAGUCAACAACAUGCGGUUUUGGCUGAGGCUGAACUGACCUAUUUGGUCGAUUUUGCCCGUGACACGCUGGGAAUGAUCCAAGCUUGUAAGGAUGCGUUGGAUGAACGCGUGAAGGCUUUCCGUAAUUGGAAGACGGCAGAGGCUCUCCUGCGAAUGAAACGUGAGCAAAAGGUUAGAUUAGAACUGGCUGGGAGGUAUGAUCAGCGAAAAAUGGUUGGUCUGGAUGCCGAGAUAGAUGAGGAUGCGUUGGAUGAACGCGUGAAGGCUUUCCGUAAUUGGAAGACGGCAGAGGCUCUCCUGCGAAUGAAACGUGAGCAAAAGGUUAGAUUAGAACUGGCUGGGAGGUAUGAUCAGCGAAAAAUGGUUGGUCUGGAUGCCGAGAUAGAUGAGACCACAAAACGUGUCGAGCAGGAACAGGAACGUUUCAACAACAUUUCCAGCAUUAUAAAAGUCGAGAUGGAGCGCGUAGAUCUGACUCGAUUUGAUGAUCUAAAGCAAGCUGCUACGGACUUCCUGGAAGUCAUGCUACAAAAUCAGGAGAAACAUUUGGAAACUUGGGAAGCAUAUCUUCUGCGCGCUAGAUCAAUCAAUUAAUACCUCUCUUGAGGAUCGUCUUGGAUGUUAACUUCGUCUCGUCCUCACGAAUGAAAACGGUUGUUUUUAUGUUCGGAGUUUCAAUGUCAACCUUUUUUCUUCCCUUGUUUUUGAAUCUACCGAUGGAUCCUUAUAUAUUGACUCUCCGAUUUAUCACGAGCAUACUGCUGUGAUUUAUUUCUCCUGUUUGUUUUUUCAUCCAAAGCACUGUUUUCCGACUUGAAUAAAAAUUUUGCCAGAA